AUGGCCAACCGCUUUAGCAAAGUUAAGAGACGGCUUCCGACUCAAGUCCGUUUACAUUGGAAGGAUGAACCCCCAGAUUUGGAGUGUUCGCUUUGUGGUCAAUGUUUGGAUAGUCAUGAUCAUUUAUUCUUUCAAUGUCCGUUUGCUGGAGUUGUAUGGAAUAGUGUUUUAUUUAUGGUGGAUCUAACGGGUAUGCCUUCAAGGUGGGAGCAGAUUGUUCAAGUUAUUUCGGAUUCUAAUAGUCGUCCGAAAUUGUUAAAGCAGAAGAUUGUUGUGGCUGCUGCUGUUUACUAUAUUUGGCAGGAACGUAAUCGAAGACUUUUUUCUGCAACUAAGCGUACGGCUCAGGAUCUUAUUGCCGUUAUUAGGGAGUCUAUCUUCAUUCGUGCAGAUUGGUUGGCAAGUCGUCCUGUGGUUACUUAUGGUUGA